AUGUUAGAGAUCAUUUUAGGUAAAUUUUGCCUAAAAAUUAAAGAAAAAAUAAUAAUUUUUCUUAUAAUUUUAAGUGCAGAUAAUUCACCUAGUCGUUAUGAAUUUUUAGUUGCACGAGAAUUUUUUAAAGAAUUGGGAGGAUUAUUUCAUGUAGUUGUUGCAAUACAAGCAGUUGAUUUUGAAAGUUUAUUAAGGCCAAAAUAUAUAGACAAAGCUUUGGAAAUAGAGGAUUUUUUACAAUAUAAAUUAAAGGUAGAAGAUGAAGGCAAAUAUUAUUCUUAUAGUGAUUUUUGUGGUGCUCAAUGUGAAACUUCUGAUGCUGUAAAUAUUUUCCUGACAGUUUAUAGAGAUGUAAAGCAUAGAGGAAAGGGAAAUAAUAUUAAAUUAACUUUCCCAACAAUUGAUGUUUUUGGACAUAAAAUUUAUUUGGCUAAUAAUAUAUUUCAAGUACAAUUAAAUAAUAGAUCUCGCCUCGUUGAAGGUGCUAAUUUAAUAGCAAUUAAUUUCCAUGCAAUAUAUCCAAAUUCAACAAUGGAAAGAGUUAUGAAGAAAUGGGAACAUGCAGUUUCUAAUUAUGCUUUUGAAACUUUAAAUGACCCUUUAAUUAGAUUAUUUGUUACUUCCGAAGGUUUGGUGUCUGAAGAAGUUAGAAGGACUGGAAUUGAAGUGUUGCCUUUAAUGCCUAUUAGUCUACUUGUCAUUAUGAUUUUUAUGGUGGUCAUUACUUCAAUAAAAAGUGAUCAAAUAAAAAGUAAACCUUGGGAAUCCCUUUUUGGUGUUUUUUGUCCAAUUCUUUCAAUUUUUGCUUCUUUUGGAAUUUUAUUUUGGCUCAAUUUUGAAUUUUUGCCAAUUGUUGUUGUCGUCCCCUUUCUUGUUUUGGCUAUUGGAGUUGACGAUGUUUUUAUUUUUCUUCAUUGUUGGGAAAAUACUGACCCCCAAAAAGCUUUAAGAGAAAGAAUUGCCGAUAUGUUGGGGAGUGCUGGGCCAUCAAUUACAAUUACUUCUUUAACUAAUUGGCUAAGUUUUACGAUUGGGAUAGCUACACCGACACCUGCUAUUCGGACAUUUUGUAUAUUUAUUUCAACGGCUGUCUUUUCUGCAUAUAUUUACCAAUUAUUUUUUUAUACGGCAAUUAUGACAAUUGGGGGGCGUAGAGAAAUGUCUGAAAGAAAUGCUUAUUUUUUAUUUUUUAAAUCCAAAAAAUUUAAACAUAUAAUUAACGGCAACAAUUUAAACAAAAAUUUGGAAAUUAAUAAAAAUAACAACAAAUAUUCUACAAAAAAAUUUACAAAAAUAUUAAUUCGUUGGUCAUCUAAUUUAAUUAAUAUUUAUGUUGAUUUUGUGAUGAGUUGGACAGCGAGAAUUUUACUUUUAUUUGUUAUGGUUAUUUAUUGGAGUUUUUCUGCUUAUGGAGUUUCUCAAAUUCGUGUUGGAUUAACAUCAGAAAAAUUAUUUUUGGAUGAUUCUCCUUUGCUAGAAUUGGUUAGAUUACAAACAAAUGUUAUAUUUAAAGAAGGAGGACAGAUGUCAGUAUUUAUUAACAAUCCUGGGGAUCUUCGGCAUCCCGAGGCUGUACCCGAAAUUAUGAAAAUUUUAGAAAGAUUUGAGCAUGCUUAUGGAAGUGUUGGAGCUUCGAGUACACAAAUGUGGCUAAAUACUUAUUUGCCUUUUAUUGGAUUACAAGUAAAUUUAAAAAAUAUUUCGAGGAAUAAUAAAACUCUUUUCUACUUUUUUUAA